CCAAAUCCUGUGGCUUCAAAACUCGUCAAAGACUCUGCAACUCUCUCUGGACACACUCCGCAUUCGCAACAUCCCCUCUCCUUCUCCUCUGCCUCCUUCUUCGAUACUCUCACAGCUCAUAUAUUUCCAGCAUGUCUUGGUGUACGAUUGAGUCUGAUCCUGGUGUUUUUACGGAACUUAUACAGCAGAUGCAAGUAAAAGGCGUGCAGGUGGAGGAGUUGUAUUCGUUGGACCUUGAUUCUCUUAACAAUCUUAGGCCUGUAUAUGGAUUGAUUUUUCUUUUCAAAUGGCGUCCAGGAGAAAAGGACGACCGUGUUGUAAUCAAAGAUCCAAACCCCAACUUGUUUUUUGCAAGCCAGGUUAUCAAUAAUGCUUGUGCAACUCAAGCAAUCUUGUCUAUCCUCAUGAACUGUCCAGAUAUUGACGUUGGCCCGGAGUUGUCAAAGUUGAAAGAAUUCACUAGGAACUUUCCACCUGAACUCAAAGGUUUGGCUAUCAAUAAUAGUGAAGCCAUACGCACAGCUCAUAAUAGUUUUGCGAGGCCUGAGCCUUUUGUCCAAGAGGAGCAAAAGGCUGCAGGCAAGGACGAUGACGUGUACCAUUUUAUUAGCUAUUUACCUGUUGAUGGAAUAUUGUAUGAGCUUGACGGAUUAAAGGAAGGACCCAUCAGCCUUGGUCAGUACUCUGGUGGCCAAGGUGAUAUGGAUUGGCUGUCGAUGGUGCAACCAGUGAUCCAGGAACGCAUUGAAAGGUACUGCCAGAGCGAGAUAAGAUUCAAUCUCAUGGCAGUCAUCAAGAACAGGAAAGAGAUAUAUACUGCAGAACUCAAGGAGCUCCAGAAGAGGAGGGAGCGUAUCUUGCAGCAACUGGCUGCCUUACAGCCGGAGAGACCAGUGGGCAAUGGUAAUGUUGAAGUCCUGAACAAAUCUCUUUCAGAAGUGAAUGCUGGAAUAGAAGCUGCUACUGAGAAGAUUUUAGUGGAGGAGGAAAAGUUCAAGAAAUGGAGAACAGAAAAUAUCCGUAGGAAACACAAUUACAUACCUUUUUUGUUCAACUUCCUCAAGAUUCUUGCUGAAAAGAAGCAGUUAAAGCCCCUUAUUGAGAAGGCCAAGCAGAAAACAAGUAGCUCUAGGUGAAGCGUAUUUCUUGUUAAUUGUAACGCUAAUUUUAUGGAUCUAUUCUGAGUUUAAAACAUCACUAGGGUUUUGUGGUCAACACUUGUUUUUCAUCUUUUAAUUUUCCCCCUGCUUUUCUUAAGACGUAUGAAUUUAUUUUUGAGGUAAACCUACUCCCCAAAUUUACUUA